AUGGGGAUGCGAGUCACACGCGCUAUCCCCUCGGUAUCACACCUUCUCUUUGCUGAUAAUAGCAUGAUUCCAGCGAAUGAUCGACAACAGAUUAAAGAUACACUUGGUAUCCAAAACGAAGGUGGGAUGGGUUCCUACUUAGGAAUCCCAGAAGAUAUUAGUGGAUCAAAGUGUAAACUUUUUGCUUUCUUAAAGGAGAAACUAUUACACAGAGUGAAUGGUUGGACUGGUAGAUGGUUGUCCAAGGGAGGAAAAGAAGUCUUAAUCAAAUCUAUCUUGUUAGUUCUUCCGACUUAUGUCAUGUCCAGUUUCCUGCUACCUUUGGAGAUAUGUGAGAAUCUAGCAAGUGCCAUUGCACAAUUCUGGUGGAGCUCGAAUCCGCCAAAAAGAGGUAUUCACUGGGCAAAGUGGGAAAAGAUGUGUGCUCCCCGAGAGGAGGGAGGAAUUGGGUUCCGCAUGAUCCAUGAAUUUAAUCUAGCUCUCUUAGCCAAGCAGCUUUGGCGUCUUGUUCAGUUUCCAGACUCAUUAGUAGCGAGAGUUCUUCGGGGAAAGUACUAUCGUCUGAGCUCGCCUUUGCAAGCAGGCAGAGUGGAUUCUCCAUCGUAUGUAUGGACGAGCAUUAUAGAUGCGAGGAAGUUAUUGCUCUUGGAUAUCAGAAGCAAAGUGCACUCAUGA